UCAAUAUUACAAGUUUUUUAACUUUUAAAACUACAUACUCUUUGGUGGUCGAAAAAUCGACCACUGGCCAGAAAUCGUCAAGUAGGACAAAAUUUUUUCAAGCAUGAUUUUUGUUAUUAUUAAGUAAAAUGCAAGUAUAUAUCUUCAAAAUAUUAAAUAAAAUAUUCCUAAAGCAAUAAAAAUUAGUGAAAUCAUGGCCAUUUUAAAUGAGCCAUCUUCAGAUGACGAGGAAGAUCAAGCUGUAUUGAAUGCAACAGAUGUCGACGUCGUAUACAUUCUACAACCUCAUGUGGAGUGUAUGACAGAUGAAGAAGAUCUGGACGAUGACCGGAUUAAUUUGAAUGACAACAAUGAUGAUUUUUUAAAUGAAAUCGCUGGUCAUGUUGAACUACAAUACUCAUUGGAAGGAGAAAACAUUCAGGAUGUAGGUAAUGAACUCAGUGAAACUAAAAAUCCAUCAACAUCUAAUGCACAUGGAAAUGUUAUGAUAAUUGGCGGAUUUAAGAGGAAUUCUGAUUUUGCUGUCCCCGUGUGGCGAAAACCCAGAAAUUUUGAAUACAGCCGAACGCCAAUUAACAUCGAAGCUUUCAAAAUGGAAGAAAUUUUUUCUGAAAUUGGCUCUAAAUCUCCGUAUGAUAUUUUCUCGUUGUAUUUUGAUAAAUUAAUAAUUGCAGAGAUAACGCAUUUCACAAACGAAUAUGCGAAUCAACACAAUGCUGCCAUUAACGUCACGCCAGUGGAAAUACGUAGGUUCAUUGGUAUUUUGUACAUUUCGGGGUAUCACACCUUGCCUCAUAUUGACCAUUAUUGGUCUGUUCGGCCCGACAUGGGAAUUCCAAUUGUAAAACAAGCGUUGAGUCGUAAUCGGUUUAAAAUAAUAAAACGGUUCUUACAUCUCGCUGAUAACACCGAUUUAAAUACAAUAGAUCGUUUUGCCAAGGUUCGCCCGCUUAUUGAUGCCCUCAAUACAAAAUUUAUGCAGUUCGGAGUUUUUAGCCAUAUUCUUGCCGUAGACGAACAGAUGAUUCCAUACUUUGGUCGACACUCAUGCAAAAUGUUUAUCAAAGGAAAACCGAUUCGUUUUGGACAAUUCUUUGACAAUUUUUUUUCAUCCUAUCAUCUUAUGUGCCUAUUGAAUGAGCGUCGAUUUUUUGCAACCGGUACUAUACGUGAAAAUAGGAUGGCAAAAUCGCCCUUGAGGAAUUUAAAAAAAGAGAAACGCGGGGACUGUACGGUGGAACGAUAACGCUGUCGUCAAUGUUAUUACAAAUAACUCCACAGCCGAACCAAUGGUAUAUGCUAAAAGAUAUUGUCGGAAGCAAAAGAAAACUAUCACCAUUCCACAGCCCAAAGUAAUACAAGAAUGUAAUCACGGUAUGGGUGGAGUGGAUCUUCAUGACAAUGCUGUGGUCAACUAUCGGAUAUGUAUACGAGGGAAAAAAUGGUGGUGGCCAAUAUGGAUUAAUGCUCUUGGUAACGCAAUGGUCAAUGCAUGGAAGUUGCAUUGUAUGUUGGCAAAAUUUCAAAAGACGAAACCACUUUCACAAAUUGAUUUUCGAUCUGAAGUCACAAACCAUUUG